AUGAUAUCAUUCAAAUCUUUAGGUAUAAAGAAACAGUAGACCAUUGAAGUAGCCAACAAUAGUUAAAAUAUUCAAUAACAAAAUUACAUGAAGAGCAUUAGCUCUCCGACUUAAAGCACUUCGAAUGCUCUUCUGAAGAAAAAAAUACAAGCUUAACCUUAGGGUUAUGGGAUGUCUUAUAAUCCUUCUCUUCUUUUUGAGUAGUUUUCUCAUAGCAAAAAUAUUAACUAAUCUCCUGCUUCUGCUAAACAGUCUCCGCAGUAGCAUAUGGGAGUUCCUUUAUCCUACUUAGCUUCUUAGGAUAAAUAAGUAGGAAUAACUGCAUAGUCUUACUAGUAGCAAUAAGCUUCUUUGCAGCAAAGUGAAGAAAAAAGGUCAAAAUCUAGCGGGUUACAGCAAAAACCUUCUUUAAAAAAAAGCAAAACACCUCAGUUAACACCUUAAAUAGCAGCUAUAUAGUUCGAUGAAACAUAGAGAAAUAAGUCUCAAUCUCAUUAAGCAGAAUAAAUAAAUUCGAACUAAAUGUAGCACUAACAGGAAUAGCUAUAAUUGAACUAGUCACAAAAUUAAUAUCAAACCCAGCAAUAAGGGUCUCAAUAAGUAGGCUAAGUAAGCAAUAAUAACUACCUUUAGCAGCCUCAAAGCAAAAAUGCAAUCAAGAUAAACUUAUACAGCUCAAAUUAACUUAACCCUUAGAAUACAAUUACAAAGAACACCUCUUUAAAUUUGUUUCAUAGAAAAUCGAAUUCAACUUAACUAAAUAAAAACUUUAUAGAACAAAAUUGUAAUUAAAACACUUAUCUAAGUGAUUCGAUAGCUGGAAAUACAAGCAAUUUGCAUAACAGUGCAAUAUUAAAUAAUCUUAAUAGUGCUCAUUAAAGCAGUAUUAAUAAUGGUGGAAUAAAUAAUUAAAGUAAUUCAACUAAAACCAAAUUGAAAAUAACUAAUUACUAAGCUUUGCAACUAGUCAACAAUAAUCAAAUAGACUCUACUAGAAAUAGCGCUAAUUCAAAUUUGAACUAAAGCACAGUAAAUUUAUUUAAUGGAAAUCAAUACAGAUCUUCUAAAAAUGGAUUUUUGGGCUCAGAAUAAAAUUCAGAUCUACAAACCCCAAAAACUAUGCAGAAAUUCUUUGGAUAAAAUUAAAGCGGAAACACAUAAAAUAACAAUGAAAAUUAAGAUUUUUCUGCUCAAAAUGUGACCUAGAAACCUGAAAAAUUCCCAAAUUUAAAUAUUGCUAAUAAGCCUGGACACCAUCGAGCCAAUUCAGAUAAAAUUUAUAAAUAGAUUCAUCAAACAUUUAAAAGCUAAUCAUAAAGAGUUAGCAAAGACAGUGAUUCUCUAAAUAUCAAUCAUUAAAGUAAUGCGUUUAAUUUAGAAAAUAAAAGGCUGUCUGAAGGAGGAGAAGGCGGCUUAAUUGAUAAUAGAACAAAAGAUAUAUCAAAUCAUUUGAAAUAAAGUUAUCUAUAAUAGUAUCAACAACAACUAUAAUAGCAAUAAAAUCAAUUUUAAUCUUAGCAGCAAUCACAUUAGCUUAAUUAGUAAAGCAACCCAUAAUAUUAAAACUAAAACUAAAAUAAUUCUCAAGUUGCUGAUACCUCAUCUAUACAGUAUUUAUAAAGAUAAAUUGCUAAUAAUAGCUAAAUACUUUAUAGCACAAUGAGUAACUAGAAAGGUAAUGAAACUAACGAUUUAGAUGAGGCAGCUACGACUACAGCUAAUAGCCACACAAAUGGCUCUCCUCUGAACAAAAACUCUAUUAACACUUUUGCCUCAAAAAUAGGGUUUAAAGAAGGUUAGGAUAUAUAUAAUACUGAUAAUCCUAUUAAUAGUAAUAUUAAUAACAGCCACAAUAAUAAUAAUUCUAAUACUAACAAUAAUAGUAAUAUCAAUAGCAAUAAUAGCAAUGGAUUGUAUUUUCAAACUUCAUACCCCAAAUAAAAUUCAUUUCGCAAUUCAAAUAAAGGCCUUUCUCUUGACUCUGGUAGCCUUCCUCAGUCUAAAUUAGAAUUCUUAAAAUCAUCUUAAAUGAAUUAACAGCAAUAGCAACAACAGUAUUAAAAUUAAAAUGGAGUAUCUUCUUCAUAGUAAGCUUAAAGUAGUAAUGGAACUCAAAGCUUAAAUAGUCCCUCUUAGUAAAGUUCAAGUUAUGCAAAUUAGCUACAUGUAAAACUUGGCCAAAAUGGAUAAUUACACCUAUACUCAAACAAAACGAAGAAAUCUUUAUCUACUGCAGGUAUCAAUAAUACAAUAUAAAGCACAAACUCUACUCUUGAAACUUUGAGAAAACAGCUAACAAAUACAUAGUCUCCUAUUGUUUAGCAAGCAAUGGCAUCAAGUAAUCUGCUUUAGCAUCUUUAAAGUAGCCAAGUUCAAUCUAUAAAAUAGAGGUAAUCUUCUCCUUCCUCAAAACCGAAUCUAAAUAACCAGUAAGAAGUCUAAUAAAUAUAGGCAUAACAAAGUGAAGCCAAUAUUAACAGUUUUAAAAAAACCAAAGAGAAUUUUAAUUCUCAGUAAGGUCUUUUUGGAUUAUCGUAAUCUUAACACAUUCCAUUAGGUCAUAAAAAGAAUGCACUUUCUCUAGGUAGUUAUUAACCCAACUCACUUUAUAAUUCUUCAGUGCAUGCUAGCUAAUAUUUGUAGCAAAACUAGACCCCUUAAAAAUCACUGAAUAAUUCUGUGUUUUAGAACAACUAACAUGAAAUUGUUUCAAAUUUUUUUGUUAAAAGUAAACCAGGAUCCCUUCCAAAUAAACCUAUUAAAACAAACUAAGAUUCAUAUAUAGUAUUUCCUUUAUUUUGUAACAGUAAAUAGAAGUUUAUAUUUUCUGUUUGUGAUGGUCACGGCACAAAUGGUCAUUUGGUCAGUUAGUUCAUUAAGAAGAAAUUGCCAAUACACAUAGAGACUAUGCUGAAAUUAAGAAACAAUGAUUUUGAGUAUUAAUCUGUUAAACAAGCAAUUACUUAGGCUUAUCUUAAUACUGCUUAAGAUCUGUAAGAAAGCAACAUUGAUACUCAGUUUUCAGGAAGCACAAGUGUUCUCCUUUAUUUAAAUUAAAAUAGAAUUUGGUGUGCAAAUUUAGGAGAUUCGAGAGCUAUAUGCGCUAAAACAAAUAAAUCUGAAUGGAAUGCAGUCAGUCUUUCAAUAGACUAAAAACCUGAUAACGAAAAGGAAAAAUAAAGAAUUCUAUCCAAGGGAGGAAGAGUUGAACCUUACAGAGAUUAUUGUGGAAAUCCUCUUGGUCCAUGCAGAGUCUGGCUUAAAUCAGAAAACAUGCCUGGACUUGCAAUGGCACGUUCCUUCGGAGAUUAAAUAGCUCAAUCAGUUGGAGUUAUCAGUGAACCAGAAGUAAGCAGCUACGAAAUAACAGACGAUGAUAAAUUUUUAGUCAUAGCUUCAGAUGGAGUUUGGGAGUUCUUAUCUAAUGAAAAAGUUGUUAGUUUAGUAACUCCUUAUUAUCUCAAAAAUGAUCCUGAGGGAGCAUGUGAUAAACUUAUAAAAGAAAGCACAGCAAUGUGGAAAAAAGAGGAUGAUGUUGUGGAUGACAUAACUGCUAUUGUAGUUUUUUUAAAUAAACCAUCUAAUGAUAGCAACAAAUCCAACAUGCAAGAUUCAAUAUUUGCUAGCUCUUUAAAAAGAUCUUAGAUGAUGAACGAUCACUCUUGA